AUCAUCAUCUCAUUGGCUAAUCUAAGCCAAUAUAUAUUCUCAAAUUGUGUGAUGAGUUUUUAGGCUCAUCCUACUAAAAAAUUAGCUGCUGAGCUUCAUCGAAAAAAUCCUCAGAACUAUCCUGAUGACAAUCAUAAACCUGAGAUGGCUAUAGCGCUGACGGAAUUUCACGGACUCUGUGGAUUUCGACCCUACCGAGAAGUGGCCGAUUUUCUUAUUAAGAUACCAGAACUCAAAAGUGUUGUUGGUGUUGAUGAAAGUUCGUCAUUUAUCACAGCAUGCAAUGACAGCAAUGACGAAGAGUUAAAGAAGUCGUUGUUUAAGAAGUGCUUCACAUCAUUAAUGAAAAAGGAUCCAAAUAUUGUUAAAGACUCGUUAUCGUCUCUUAUCACGCGAAUAAACGACACAAUAAACUCCUCCGUAGAUUUAAAAGAUUUGUUAAAAUUGAAUAAACAGUUCCCAGGCGAUGUUGGCUGUUUCUGUAUUUAUUUUCUCAACCACAUGGUGUUAAAACCUGGUGAAUCAAUGUUCCUUUCGCCUAAUUUACCACAUGCAUACCUGGAUGGAGAUUGCAUUGAGUGUAUGGCUUGCAGUGAUAAUACAGUAAGAGCUGGUUUAACUCCAAAGUUCCGUGAUGUUGAUACACUCUGUGAUAUGCUUGAUUAUUCCUCUGGUUCAGCACAAGACAACUUGUUCGAUGGCAUACAAGAUCCUGUGUGUCCCUACACGGUGUUAUACGAUCCUCCGGUUUCAGAUUUCGCCGUUAGAAAAAUACAAGUUCCACGUGACGAAGAAUGUUAUAACCUGACGGCAUUAAAAGGACCAAGUAUCAUUGUCGUAAUUGAAGGAAGUGGAUGGUUUGAGAAAAGUGAUUUUAAUGAUAAGAUAAUUAUUUCUAACGGUACGACGAUAUUUUGUGCGACCGGUCAUUCGUUGACUUUAAAGAAGGAGCAUUGUAAACUGUUGAUGUUCCAAGCUUAUUGUGACGGAAUUUGAAGAAAAACUUUGAACAAUUUUAUGCAUUCUCUAUAUCAUUCUGACAUAGAAUGGUUUUGAUUCUCGCUUGCCAAUUUUUUCGGCUGUAAACUUACGUUAUUUUAAUCUUAGAAUGUUAGAUGAUAUUAAUUUUGAAUUAUGCUCUUUAAAA